GGGUUCCCUUCAAGUGUAAAGAAGAUGUAAUAUCCAACAAUGAAAGGGUCCUGCUAUGCCAAGGGGGAACAGCGGUGGAGAUUGAAUAUGUUCCAUUUUGCACACUGAUCAAUACCACCUUCAGCAUUCUGGACGAGGCCUGUGCAAACAAAACCGCCACCAUUUCCCUGGAGAAUACGGCUGAGAGCUUUGCCUCUGUGCUUGAACAAACAUCCAUGUGGGCCAACCUCACCAAAGAUGAGACAUCCACCUUGGCCACAGUCUUACUGGAGAGUGUGGAAAGCACCACGCUGGCAGCUCUUCUGAAACCCUCAGCAAAUGGCAGUCAGAUUAUUCAGACGGAACGCUUGGAUAUCGAGAGCAAAGUUAUCAAGGAAGGAUGCACUGAAGAGAACGUGACCUUUAACUUGAAAGCCAAAGGGGAUAAGAUGAAGAUUGACUGUUCUGUAAUUGAAGAAUCUGAAUCCACAGGGACUACUGGAGUGGCUUUUGUCUCCUUUGCGGGUAUGGAGUCUAUUCUAGAUAAGAGCUUUUUCCAAGACCCCUUGGCCAACUCCAACACGGAGUUCAAGAUGAAUUCUCACGUUGUUGGGGGCAUGAUGACAGGGAAGAAGAAAGAUGGGUUCUCUGACCAAGUCAUCUACACUCUGGAGAACAUUGAGCCAAAGCAGAAGUUUGAGAGGCCCAUCUGUGUUUCCUGGAGCACAGACAUGGGGGUCGGUAGGUGGACGUCGUCUGGCUGUGUGGUCCUGGAAGCCUCCGAGAUGCAUACUGUCUGCAGCUGUAAUCGAAUGGCAAACCUGGCCGUUAUCAUGGCUUCUAGGGAACUCACGAUGGAGUUCUCCUUGUACAUCAUUAGCCACAUAGGCAUGAUCAUCUCCCUGGUGUGUCUCAUCUUGGCCAUCACCACCUUCCUGCUGUGUCGAGCCAUCCGUAACCACAACACCUAUCUCCACCUGCACCUCUGUGUGUGCCUCUUCUUGGCCAAGAUUCUCUUCCUCACCGGUGUAGACAAGACAGACAACCAGACGGGCUGCGCCAUCAUCGCGGGUUUUCUGCACUACCUUUUCCUCGCCUGCUUCUUCUGGAUGCUGAUCGAAGCCGUGAUGCUCUUCCUUAUGGUCAGGAACCUGAAGGUGGUGAAUUACUUCAACUCGCGCAACAUCAAGAUGCUGUACCUCUGUGCCUUUGGCUAUGGGGUCCCAGGGCUGGUGGUGGUCAUCUCCGCCUGCGUGCAGCCACAGGGCUAUGGGAUGCAUAAUCUCUGCUGGCUGAAUACGGAGACAGGGUUUAUCUGGAGUUUCCUGGGGCCAGUUUGCACAAUCAUAAUGAUCAAUUCCAUCCUUCUGUCUUGGACGUUAUAUAUACUGAAGCAGAAGCUUUCCAGUGUCAAUGCUGAAGUCUCGACUCUCAAAGACACCAGGUUGCUGACAUUCAAGGCCUUUGCCCAGCUCUUCAUCUUGGGGUGCUCCUGGGUAUUGGGCAUUUUCCAGAUCGGACCUGUGGCCACUGUCAUGGCCUACAUGUUCACCAUCAUCAACAGCCUUCAGGGGGCCUUCAUCUUUCUCAUUCAUUGUCUGCUCAGCCGCCAGGUACGGGAAGAAUACUGGAGAUGGAUUACUAGGAAGACCAAAGCCAGAUCACACUCUCAGACCUCAGGGAUCUUACUGUCGUCCAUGCCCUCUACUUCCAAAACGGGUUAAAGUCCUUUCUUGCUUUUCAAAUACGCUAUGGAGCAAUAUUCAAGGAAAGCGGGUGCCUGCAGGAGCCCACCCUGAAGUUUUCUCUUCCCAGCCUAAUGCAGAAAUACAGGAUCCUGCCAGCCCCAGAACUCUCUAGGCAAUUCAGAGCAUGAAUGGGUAGGGUAGUCUUCUCAUGGUUUCAUGUCCUGGUGAGAAACAAGAGUUUCUGUUCUGGAUGACUAUUGCAUCUUUUAUGUUUUGCAACUCUGACUUUCCAGAGUUUUGUGGAUAUAACAGAUCUCAGUGCAAUGGCAUGAGCAAGAUGACCUGAUUACUAUUUUGUUUUCUCCUGAGAUCAUUGGUGCGUGUUUCCAAGCGUGCCUCUCCAGCACCUAUCAUAUGCCUGGCACAGAGCAGCCCUCAGUAAAUGAUGUGCUGUCUGACUGACUGGCUUACCCUUCGACAAAGACUCCUGAUUUUAAAGAAAUGGUCAGUAAAACUGUAAUGACAACCCCAGGAGACAAGUAAAGCACAUAGACAUGUAGGCUACUUUGGCGCAAAUACUUGAGAGUUAUGCUGGUGAGUAGGAGUGGUUGGUAGAGCGGAACUCUAGCGUUUCAUGGAGGGUUGAAGCACUUGAUGACAACAGCCUUUGGAAAAUGUUUUGAUUUUCUGGGAUCUUUCAGGGAAAACAUCUCCCUUCCUUCCAGAAACUCUUUUAUGACUUGGCUAGGAUUCACCCUACUAAUAAAGAUAUUGCCAUCCUGCCUUGCUCUCUAUCCUCCAUAAAAUCUUGAGUGCCAGGGAGAAAAGGAGAUGAAAAUUUUAAAUGUAGAUAUCUUUCCCUCCAUGGACACUCUAAUUCCUUUCUACUCAAAGUGUGGUCUGUGGACCAGAAUUAUCAGCAUCACCUCGUUAGAAAAGCAGAAUCUCAGGCCCCACCCCAGAGCUGCUGAACCAGAACUUGCAUUUUAAUGCCAUUUCCAGGGAAUUUGUAUUGUACCCAUGAAUGAAUGUUCUAGAAUAUUCUUCUGUUUGCCAUUCUGAUAGCCUAGCUUGUCUUUAAAACCAGAAAGGAAAGAUGCUGCAUUUGAGACUUUGCACCUGCCAGUCCCUUUUUGUAGGACACCUUUCCUGAAAAUCCAACUAAUUUCUACCCUUUCUUUGAGUCUCAGCUUAGUCAAUUAUUUCCACCAGUAAUCGUUCUUUGAAUCUCCUGAAGUAGGAUUAGAUGUGACCUCUGUAUGUCCCCUAAGGCUUCCUGCUUUCUAGCCCUAUAUUACAAUUUCUUUUUAUCUUGGGUGUCUCCAACUUUGACUACAAGCUCCAUAAGUACAGAGAAUUGUAAUUAGUAGAUUCUCCAUAAAUAUGUUGACUAAAAGAGUGAAUGAAUGAUUACUGUCCAUUUUGAAGACAAGGAAACUGAGGCUCAGAGAGUUUAAGUAACUUCCCCGGCCUCACACAGACAUAGGUGGCUGAGCUGGGUUUUGAGCUCUUAACCUUGGAGCUCCUCUUCCAGACCCCUUGCCCACACCCAGGCUAACGUGCUAGAAGGGUGUGGGAAAUGAAUGCAGGAGAGCUAAGUCAUCUCAUUAUAGCAGCUGAGAUUGUCCUUAACCAGCCACCUAGCCAACUUAUAGCUGACUGUAGUCACAUGAGUGAGUCCAGCCAAGAUCAGCACCUGUCCAGCCAACCCAUGGACCCCGGCUCAACAAUCAAGCAUCAUUGUUUUAAGACACUGAGUUUCAGGAGUGGUUUGCUAUGAAGCUUUUUUGGUGGCAAUUGUUCACUGAUGCAGAGGACAAUGGGUUGUCAAAAUGUUGCAUUUGAUUGCAACAACUUGGAAUGUACAAAGAAAAGUGUUUGGUUCUUCAUUUCCUCUUUGUUACCAGGAUAUGUAAAUCUACAAUGCUCGAAUAAAGUUCUUUCUG